AUAUAUCUUAAAAUAAAGACUUAACAUUGUGCUUGUUUGUUAUUAAAAUAAAAAAAUCUAAAAAAAUUUAUUUCCGACGGUGCGGUUACAGGGGAGGGAGUUGGCCCAAACUGACAAAAAUCCCGGAAGAUGGAAGCAAAACCGAUCGUUACAACUCAUGGAAACCAAGUUGUGUUUUCAUCACUUCUAAAACCCUUACUGGAAGAUCUACCAAAAGAAACAGCUGAAUGGAGAAGGUCAUAUGGUCGAACUGCAAGAAAUGUCAACCUGGAAGCAAGUUUUGUGCCAUAUGAUGAUGACAUCCUGCCUGAUGAUUCUGUGAAAACUUUGGUCAGUCGGCUGUAUUUCCACAUCUACUGGACAGAUUGUGACCUAGAGGCAUAUAAGCAGACAGUAAAGGAGGAGAUAACAGAGUGGCAGGCUGCCCUGAAGGCCAAGAACAUCCCUGACUGGCUGAUUGUGGUAGUGAACAGUGAUGAAAGCAAGGCCAAGACAAAACUGCUGCCCCGGUCAUCCGUGUUUGACAAGAUUAAGAGUGACUUCUGUGGAAAACAACCAGAAAGGGUUGUGUUGUUGGAGCCACAUCGUGAGGAGAAGAGGAGUGCAGAACUUUGGAACAGUUUCCUGACAAGACUACGCCAGCUCCUGCUGCAGGCGUUUGCAAGACAUCUUCAGAAGUAUGAGGACAAUAUGCGAGCACUGAGGGAGAAACGUAAUGACAUUGGCUGGAACUUCCAGAAGUACUUUAUUGUCCAGGAGGAGCUGGCCUUUAUGUUUGAGAUGCUUGGUCUCCAUGAAGAUGCCCUGAUCCAGUAUGAUGAGCUAGAUGCCCUCUUCACUCAGUUCGUGCUGAAUCACGCCUCCGGACAGUCAGUACCAUGGUUGUCGAGCCUAGUGAAGCCGUGCACAUGCUGGGCGGGCCUCUCCCUCCAGCGGCCAAUCUCCUGGGAGAGACGUAACACAAUUAAGGAUAACGAGGCAGCUCUCCUCGAUUUCCGUAACUACCUGUUCUCUCGGCAAUGCGCCCUGCUGCUGCUCCUCAACAAACCUGGGGAGAUUGUCCAGCGGGCCAUAGACUACCUUCAUGAGACUGUGCAGGAAAUGAAGACCCUAGAGGUUUGUAUAUGUGAGGGUGGUCUGGACUGCUGGGUGUACUUGAGCGGGCUGGAAGUGCUGCUGAAAUGUGGGCAGCUAGAGGACCCCGUCAAUUCGCGCUCGCAGGCUCUCAACACCGCUUACCUCUGGGACUAUGUCUGCAGAAAGCUGCACACACUGGGGGAGCUGUGUGGGUUGAUGCCAGGGUUGGAACAGCCGCCCACCUCAAAACAGCUGGACCAAGUGGUUGACCUUACCUCUGGCAUGGGGCUACACAUUCCAACAGAGCACGAGCAUGUUGAGGAACAACUGACAUCAUCACCAAGGGACAAAUUAAGAGAGGCAUUGUCAUCACGGGAAGCCUUCCAGAAUAUCUACUUGGAGCAGUCUGAGCUAGCCAUGGGAACUUUCAAACACAUUGGUCGCUUCCGUUCUGCCAGAAUGAUUGGCAAGAACCUAGCAGACUUUUACAUGAAACUGGGAGAGCCCCAGAAGGCAGAGAACUUCCUGCUUGACGCGAUGUCAUCGUACCACAAGGAGGGAUGGAAGAAGCUGAGGGAUGUUUCCCGGCUCCACCUUGCAACAUGCCAGCUUCGCGUCAAUAAACACAAGUAUGUGAAGACUGGUUGUCAGGUUGCCAGCAGUGCUCAGAUAGACCUGGACCAGAGACUGGAACAUAUACACAAUGUGCUCGACAUUGCGAAAACAGUACAAGGGACGGUCUUACUCAAAGCAUCACCAUUGUUUAAAUUGGACAUAAAGAGUGUCAGCUUACCUGAGGUUUCCGUGGGGGAAACAUUCACUAUCACAGCCACCAUUUACAACAAUGCACCAUGUGACUUGUCAUGUGACUCAAUAUGGCUGACACUGACAGACUGUAUCCAAGAUUAUUCAGGAAAGAGAAAAGAUAAUCUGAAAGAUCCUGUAACCAGACAGACAAGUAACUCCAGUUUGGAUAGUAGAUUUGUGAUGAAUUCACCCAACAUUAAGAAGGAGAAACCUUUUGAAAUAACUUUACGGUCCCAUUUUGAGGGGACCCCAGAUGAGACCGUUUCCACAGGAAUAGCGUGUAUGAAUUCCCACGAAUUGUUGCGGAGAAAUGACAGCAGUGGGGGAGUGCUGGCACCCGUCGAGGAAAAAGUUACAAAAGACAUGACAUCUCAGAGAAGUUGUGUAAAAGAUGUCAAGCUAGAACAAGGAACAAAUGAAUUGAUGUUCACUUUUGAGAACAUUACCGUUGGGCAGUAUGAAGUGGGCCAAGCUGGGUUUAAGAUUGGGAACCUUGAGUUCAUCAAAGCCUUGGGUCCAGGGCACACUGUGAGUGUCAUUUGUGAUGAUACAUGCUGUGAUAUUCUACCAGAGAGCACAAUGAUAGCUGGUGUUAUGCAGAAGGUGAGGGUGUGUCUUCAUUCUGGGAACACAAACAUAGAUGCUAACAGCAAGGUGAGGGUGUCCAGUGCAGAUGACCUCGCUGUCGAGACAGGUUGCCAUGACAAUACAGUGUUGCUAGGGGAGGUUGUGAGGGGUGGGACAUCAGAGUGGACAAUGUCACUCCUCCAGCAGCCACAUGUGUAUGAUGAGGAGGAGAUAGAAAAUAAGGUUAUAUUUGACUGUUCCUGGCUUCCACGACCUUUGCUGACCUCUGUGACUUUCAAGAAUCCGUUCAAGGUCACACACAGACUGUUUACAGCCAGAGACAUGAAGUACCUGCAGAUGAGUGUUAGUGGUCAGACUGACCGUGAGUUUGUCCUGGGGGAGUGGUCACUGGUGGUCAGUGGGAACAAUGAUGUUGACCUUGUCUGUCUGAACAAGACUGGACAACCUGUGAAACUUCAUAACAGUCAGAGCCAUAGUUUUGUGUGGCAGAUCAAGUCCAACAUGUCUGAAUGUCCACCCAUGAACAUGACAUUCAGUUUCUCGUACAGCUGUCCAGAGGCUCACGAGAAUGAAUCAAGAAAACUUUCAUACAGUUUCACAUUAAAUAGUUUCCAGACUAUACUAACCGUGAGAGCUGACGUUUCACCUGCGGAGGACAACAAGGUGUGUAAGACUGGUUGUCAUGGUAGCCUGAAGAUCCAGGUCACUCAGAUGCCUGGACACAAGCCUCUUACGGACCAGGAGUUAAUGUAUGAGGUGGACGGGCAGGCACACUGGCGUGUUCUGGGAAUAUCAGCAGGUGUUUUCUCGCUGUCUGGAGGAAGUUACCAGACAUUUGUGGACGUGGUUCCAGUAACGUCCGGUUUUCUGCCAUUGCCGUUAGUUCACCUGUACAAGUAUAGUGGCCCGUCAGUCCCGGAAAAAAAAUCUUCUCAAGCAGAGGAAGAUGAGCAGCUAUCCACUACGGACGAGGAGAGUUCGGGCUCUGAAGAGGAUGGGGGCCCGCAGCAUAUGGAGUUUGAGCCGGGACAGGUGUACUACAGUUGCCAGGGACGACAGGUGCAUGUGUACCCUGUGGAUGUCAGUGGCGAGCUAGAGGUCGCGCUCAUACACUGAUGGUGAUGCAGAAAUGUCCAUGUGAAUGUUUAUUUGAGUAUCAAAAAGCGUUUAAACUCUCAUGACUUUGCUGAUGCAAAAAUGUCAGGAUUGUAAAGUACACAUGUAUUAAACUUUCAUGCAGAGUGAAAUUGGCGUAACCUAAUGUUUGUUAGGACUCAGUAGCUCUUGUAUAUUAAUGUCAUUGACUUCUUGUUUUUAUGUACACGUCUAUGACAGGGAGUGAACUUGCAAGUGUUUAUUAGCCAGCUUAGGUUAAUGGAAGUUGAAUGUAGGCUGAAUUCACAUAAAUCAGAACUGUGGAAUGCAUUCCAAAGGAACAUUUACAAACAGCUGAGACGUCUACCAGAUUGUGCCACCAUACCGAGAGAUGAUGACUUACACAUUAUGAACCAUGGUUUGGUAGAAUGUUAGUGAGGUCAAAGGGAGUUCAUAUGAAUCAAUUGAUCACCAUCAGAAGUAUUCCAGUGCAAUAAAUUUUGUUUUCUGUGUAAUUUUAUUGUUCAUUUCAGACAAUGAAUGAAUGACAGCUAGGCAGUUAUCUUAAAAUAAAUUUAAUACUUUGUUCAUUCAUCAAUCAUUGGCUACACAUUUUUAGUUGCAUCAAUGGUUACAUGUAGAAAUUUGUUUGCUUAUGACUUCAAUGUUACAAAAUGAAUACAAAAAACAUAUAAUAGAGGCAGAGAUCACUCUUUGCAGAAGUGAAAGAUACAGAUUUGAAUGCUUCAAUAAUUUAUUUAAAAUUAAUUAAUUUUGAAAAUGUAUAGAAGUAUGCUUUUGUUAACAAGAAUAAUGUCUGUGAUAGUUUUCUUUUAUUGGCAGAUAAUUUAUCAUAAUAAAAUAAAACUG